ACUAGAAACUGAGUGCUUGAGUCGACUUUUACGAUAGCUAUGCCAAGACCAGUUCGAGACCGAACGACUCUAUAUUUAUUUUAUACGCCAAGUAAACAAGUUCAGUUAAUUAUUAUUUACGUAAACAUUCAUUACCAUCAAUUUAAAUAAACAUUAAACUUUAAAAUAAAUAAAAUAGUAAGCGCGACAGAAUUGCGUAUUGCGUAUGCUACACGGGCGAAUCAAAAAGUUCGUAAUAAACGUGCGUGAGUCUGUCUGAGGUCUGCCCGACUGUACAGCCACGCCAAUCAGGCUGGCUGGCGUGCGCAUAGUCGCGCGAUCGCAGCGCCAGUCGCCAGUCGCACGGCUGCUGCGACCACACGUAAAGUCGUAGUCGCCGAGUAAUAAGGUCGCGCUCGAUCGAUAAACCCAGUUUCUGUUUACAUCGCGUUUAGUAGUAAAAUCUGGUUUGUUUAGAGCCUGCAAACCAUGUUGGCGUGCAACCAGAUGCAGCUGAUUGAGGAGGUGAAGAAGAGACCAGCUCUGUACAGUGCAGCGCACCCGGCAGACCGAGAUGAGAAGCUCACGUUAUGGCGGGAAGUCGGGGCGGCCAUAUUUGAUGAUUGGGACGAGUGUAACAAGGCUACGGCUUAUGAUAGAGUGCUCCACUUGCAAAGAAAAUGGCGCUCGUUCCGCGAUGCGUACAGCCGGGAACUGCGAGCCAGGAAGACGGGCGUGAGGGUCAACAAGUGCGUCUAUAAGUACUUCAAACAACUGAGCUUCCUUGGAGGCUUCGAGGGCAGCGUCAAUGAUGGAGUCGAGCCAGAACAAAGCCUAAUACAAGAGGACACCAGCGCAGUAGAAUUCGACCCCUUGAUAAUAUCUACCAAGUCUGAGAGGAAGCCUAAAAAGCGAAAAGUGAAAACGCCGAGCGUAGACGAGUGCCGAGACGAGGAAGAGACGCCGCUAUACAACUUAGAGGUGGGAGAGAGCGAGACGGACACAGACAAGUUGUUCCUCCUUUCGUUUCUGCCGGAAAUGCGGCAGUUGCCGGUGAAUAUCAAGAUGUGGGCGCGUGCGCAGAUCGCUAACAUAAUGCAGGAGGCUGUCGCCAGCCAGUAUGACAACACUACGCCGCGGGACAGGGUCAGCAUAGAAGUCAAAAGGCCAAGAGGAGAUAGCUCAGAUUAAUAUGCUAACUGUACUGCGCAUAAGGUUACUUUUGCCAUAGAAUAAAGAAUAAUUUUCUACAUGUAGAACGGUACCAGAUCUACGGGUGAAGACCUCAACGGUUGCAAAGGCGGAGAUGGGAGCCAUCAGUACGGCAAUGCAGGACAGAAGUGUCAACUCACAGGGACUGUAACCUUGAGCCUGACAGAGGGCAGCAGUGACUGUCAGUUCUAUUCAGAGGCGGAGGACGGGAGUCCUAGUACGGCUUUGAAAUAGAGUACUCUGGGCGCCAUCCCACUCGCGUCAUACAGAGUACUGUGGGGCGGAAGGCAAGAGGGAAACCACAGCCCUAUUUUUACAUACAAAAGUAGCAUGGAGAACGCUACACCGACAAGAGGCUCUUAAAUUAGUGAUGAUGAGAACGGUAACUCUUUGGGCGCCGUGCUAGAUUUUCCUCACUCCCUUUGGGUUUUACUUUAAUCUAAAUGCUCAUAAGCCGCGUGAGUAAGAGAGAGCGCGCGCGGAUUGUCUAUCUCCCUCGCACUAACGCGGUACACGGUAAGAAUUUUUUUUUUUAAUUGAGUGUCCGGGGUGCGCUUUUGCUGUCCCUACCCUAGUCGAGUUUUUAAGUAAUACUAUCGUUAAAGUUAAGGAAAUUGAGUAAAUAUAAUGAUAGAAAGUA